AUGGCGCACCUCCUCCGCCUCCUCCUCCACCUCCAAGGCAUGCUCACCUCCUGGCCGACCAAUCAAACCCACGACUGGCUCAUCAUCCUCGCCGACUGGGAGAAUUGCCAAAUCAACAAAUGUCGUCUCGAUGGCAAACGCAUCUACAUACCAAGAAUGGGACGGAGUUGGGAUAAGAUUGAUUUGUGCAAUGAGGUGAAUGCGAAUAAGGAUUUUUAUUUGGGCGUGGACUUUGUUGGGGGCGCGGAUGAUUGUACGGGGAAGUUUUGGAGCGCGGAGGUUAGGGAGAGGGUGAGGGCGAGGGAGGUAAUGGGGGAGGAGGGUGGGGGGAUUAAAAAAUGGUUUGCGAGGGGGAGUAAGGAUGGGGAUGAGAAGGGGAGGGGGAAAUGA